UAGGCGGCGGCCGCGGCGGCGGAGGCACAGCGGCGGCGGUGGUGGCGGCGGCGGCGGCGGCAGCGGUGGCGGCGGCGGCUCGGCCAGUACUCCCGGCCCCCGCCAUUUCGGACGGGGAGAGAGCGCGGCGCAGGCACUGAAGGCGGCGGCGGGGGCCAGAGGCUCGGCGGCUCCCAGGUGCGGGAGAGAGGCCUGCUGAAAAUGACUGAAUAUAAACUUGUGGUAGUUGGAGCUGGUGGCGUAGGCAAGAGUGCCUUGACGAUACAGCUAAUUCAGAAUCACUUUGUGGAUGAAUAUGAUCCUACGAUAGAGGAUUCCUACAGAAAACAAGUAGUAAUUGAUGGAGAAACCUGUCUCUUGGAUAUUCUCGACACAGCAGGUCAAGAGGAGUACAGUGCAAUGAGGGACCAGUACAUGAGGACUGGGGAGGGCUUUCUUUGUGUAUUUGCCAUAAAUAAUACUAAAUCAUUUGAAGAUAUUCACCAUUAUAGAGAACAAAUAAAAAGAGUUAAAGACUCUGAAGAUGUACCUAUGGUUCUAGUAGGAAAUAAAUGUGAUUUGCCUUCUAGAACAGUAGACACAAAACAGGCUCAGGACUUAGCAAGAAGUUACGGAAUUCCUUUUAUUGAAACAUCUGCAAAGACAAGACAGGGCGUUGACGAUGCCUUCUAUACAUUAGUUCGAGAAAUUCGAAAACAUAAAGAAAAGAUGAGCAAAGAAGGUAAAAAGAAGAAAAAGAAGUCAAAGACAAAGUGUAUAAUUAUGUAAAUACAAUUUGUACUUUUUUCUUAAGGCGUACUUAAGUAAAAGUGGUAAUUUUUGUACAUUACACUAAAUUAUUAGCAUUUGUUUUAGCAUUACCUAAUUGUCUUUCUGCUCCAUCCAUACUGUUAGCUUUUAUCUUGAAUGCUUAUUUUAAAAUGACAGUGGAAACUUUUUUCCUCUAAGUGCCAGUAUUCCCUGAGUUUUGGUUUUUGAACUAGCAAUGCCUGUGAAAAAGAAACUGAACACCUGAGAUUUCUGUCCUGGGGUUUUUGGUGCAUGCAGUUGAUUACUUCCUAUUUUUCUUACCAAUUGUGAACUUGAGUGUGAAACAAAUUAAUGAGCCUUUCAAAUCAUCCCUAUUCUGUGUUUUAUCAAUCAUAUACAUGGAUUAAUUACUAAUUAUAACUUCAGUUGAGAUUUCACGAUUGGUUUUACUGAAGCAUUGAGGGAACACAAAUUUAUGAGCUUCCUGUAGAUUCAUCUUGUAGGUUUCAUGUCCUGUAGUUUCAGUUACCCUUAAAGAAUGUAAAGGUACACUGUUCACAAAGGUUUUCUCCUUCUUUCCACUGCUAUUUGUCAAUGGUCACGUUCCCCCAAAUAUUAUAUUUUUUCUAUAAAAAGGGAAAAAAUUGAAAAAAAUACAAGGCAAUGGAAUAUUAAAAGGCCAUUUACUUUCUACAUUAGGUGAAUUCCUAUAAUACUCUGAAUAGCUUUUCCUGUUAAGGCAAACCCAGAAUGUAAUGAGGAUUAUAAACAACCAUUUUGGGGCUAUAUUUACAUGCUACUAAACUUUUGUAAUAAUUGAAAAAAAUUUAACAUGUAUUGAAUUACAAAAAUUCUCAUAGGAAUUAAAUAUAGUCUCCCCGUGUCAGACUGCUCUUUCUUAGCAUAAAUCUUUUCUUGAACUUCAGUCUUUGAAAGUAGUUUUAAUUCUACUGGUAAUGAUGUUAAAAAUUAUUUGGUCCAGUUAGCUUAGUAGGUGUUACGGAGACCAAGGUGGAAAGGCCAGGCCUUGUGUGAGCUUUGAGCUUCACUGAGAGUUUCACAGUAUGGACUGCAUCCCUAUGGUCUUCCAAUGUUGUCAUGCCUUGGCUGGUCAAAAAUGGGGACUGGGAGAGAGUUUGGAUAGCUCAGCAGGGUACAUUCUCACUAUGUGGUAGUCCUACUCAGGAACGUCACUUUUGUUAAAACGAAACGAAACUUUAAAAAAACAUUAUUUUUAAAUGAGGUUUUAGGGUGGGGUGGCAAGAUUUUAAUUUUUUUAAAACAAAAUGAAUAAGUUUCAAAAUCUUGAGUAUUGGCUAGUUCUCUUAACACUGGCUAAAGUAACACUUUACAAGUCUGGUCCAUAAUUAAGAAUAUCUAAUGCUUAUAAAAUAGAUAAAUUAAUGUUAAAAUGAUUCUUUCAAUGCAUUUAAAACGUUAACUUAUUUUAAAAUAUUUGAACUGAGAUGGUGUGUUGAGGUGAAAAUAUCACUGGACAAGGAGGAAGGUGACUUAGUUUCUAGUUAUGUGUCUUUCAUAACUCCAAUUUUAGGCAAAUCACUUACUAUCCAUUUCUUCAUGUUAAAAGAAGUCAUCUCAAAGGCUGUAUCUAGCAUUAUAACUAUGUGAUUUACAUUCAGUUUACAUAAGGAUAUACCUAUUUGUCAGUCUCAGCACAAUCUGUAACUUUUUACCUGUGUUAUCAUCUUCAGUGCCAGUCUUAGGCAAAAUUGUGCAAGAGGUGAAGUUUAUUUCUGAAUAUCCAUUCUCCGCUUUCAGGACUUCUCCCAUAUUAGUGUCAUCUUGCCUGCCUACCCUUCUACAUGCCCCAUGACUUGAUGUUUUUUCUUUUAAUACUUCUCAUUCCCCUAACCUCAAAGAUUUAUUGCUGCUUUGGAUAUCUCCAUGAAGGCUUCCCAUCAAGUCACAUCAAAAUGCCCUACAUCUUACUUCCUCAGGCUCAGCAUAAUCCAACAGAUGCUAUAAUGGAAUUUGACCUAAGAGUUAAUUUUCAGGUGGUGGCUGUAGCAAUUUAAUCUUGAUCCUUUGAACAUCAUCUCUUUGCUGCCUGGUCCAUCAGGGACAAAGUAGGAAUUUUCAUACCUGCUAUGAGGAGUCAGAUCCCUAUCCAGUGGAAUGAGAAUUUAACAAAGGUAGUGCUGAAAGAAUUCCUUAUGUAAUCUACAACGAGGACUAGCCCUGCUAAUGAUACAUUCCAUUGUUUUAAAAGCUAAAAUUUUGCAAUGAAAGAUACUUUAAAAUUUAUUCAUAAAUCUUACUCUUUAGCAGAAUUCAUUUAUUCAACAAAUAUUUGAGUGCCUUCUAGAUGCCAGGCACUACACAAGGCACUGGGGAUAUUAGAGUAUCCUCAGACAAGGGACAUAAUCCCUGUCCUUAGGUAGUGCUUAUAUUCUAGAGCAGUCUAUAUUUUAGUGAGGCAUCUGGUACAUGACCCAGAUAUAAUGCAUAUUGUAGUUUUGCAAAGAAGUGAUUUGGUCUCUAAGCUAAGUUUCUUCCAGUUCUGAAAUAAUUGUUUUGCUCUGAUUCCAAUGUAACUGUUUAAUCAAGCUACUUUUUAAAAUUAAAUUAGUUUACUUCGUUGUUUUAAAGGAGUAAAAUUUGAAUAUUGUUUUUUAUUUGACAUAAUGAUGUGAUUCUAUUGGGACAAUUAUAGUACCAAUUAAAUUGUAUGUCAGAUAAUGUUAAAAUUCCCUUGUGUUUAGUAUGGUCUCUUUGUAUAAGUAAUUAAAAUAGACUUUAAAAAUUAAACAUUGAAUUCUAAAAUAGUUGUUUAUCUGGGUAAAAAUAAACAGAUGCCAGACCUAAUUCACAGAAAAGGAAACUUCUAUGUAAAAAUCAAUAUGAUUUCUGAGAUGCUGUACUAAACUACAAGUUUAUGGAACAUUAUCUAGUUAGGGUGUUUACACUUAUAUAGUACCUCCUCUUGUUUCCACACAAGAGAAAGAAAUGGCCAUACUUCAGGAAUUGCAGUGUAUAACUGAGGGGAUUUUUAGGACUCUUGAAUUUUUGAUGUAGCUGGGCAAUUUUUUUAUGGCAGUGGUAAUUAUCCUUUAUUAUGUGAAUUUUGAAUGGUUUAAUAAAAUGUUUUUGUAGAGAUUUUAAAAGGGGAGAGAUAAUCCUAGAAAUAACAAAUGUUAUCUAAUUAUUAUAGCCUUAAAGAUAAAAAUCCUUGUUGAAGUUGAAAAAAAUUGCUAAAUUACAUAGGUUUAGACAUUAACAUGUUUAUGGAAAAAUGUAGCAGAAGUAUGUAGUAAAAUUCGAGUGAAUAUCUCCAAUUAGGAAUUCUAGGUUCCAUUUUAACUGAGUCACACUGCAUAGGAAUUAGAACCUAACUUUUAUAGGUUAUCAAAAUCUUAGCCACCAUUGCACAAUUUUGUCCUAAAAUAUGUAGAAACUUUGUGAGGCAUGUUAAGUUGCAGUUUGCACAAGUUCAUCUCAUUUGUAUUCCAGUGAUUUUUUUUUCUUCUAUCCAUUUUUUCUAAACAAUAUAUACACAUUUAGGUUUUUUUGUAGGCAGUAAGAAUUAUCUGCCAUUUCCAUUUGCCAAAAAGUAAUAAUUUCUUGAUGAUUAUGUAUUAAUGAUUUUUAACAACCCAUUAGUUAUUUUAAAGCUGAACUUAUAUUUAAUAACUUUGGUGUUGAUAUUGGGUAGCAUGAAAUCUGCAUUGAGAAAUUGAACAGCAUAAAUUGAACAGCUGUAAAUUCCUUCAGAAAAUGAAAUUUCUUUCUUUCUAAAGAUACAUUCAUAUCAGUUCUUUAAAAAGAGUUGUAACUAGUAACACUUGUUUUAGUUUAAUAGUUUUAAGUGCCUGUUUGGGAUGAUAAUAGGCAAUUUUUAGAUGAAUUUAGGAAAAACAAAGUUAUUACCUACAGAAGUGUCAAUUACAGAAGGUCCCCUUCCCUAUAGAGAGCUAAAUGGGUUAUGUAAUGUUUUAUACAAAAAUUUCCAAUUCCACUGUCUUGUGUUUUCCUGUUGAAAAUACUUUUGCAUUUUUCCUUUGAGUGCCAAUUUCUUACUAGUACUAUUUCUUAAUGUAACAUGUUUACCUGGAAUGUAUUUUAACUAUUUUUGUAUAGUGUAAACUGAAACAUGCACAUUUUGUACAUUGUGCUUUUUUUUUUUGUGGGACAUAUGCAGUGUGAUCCAGUUGUUUUCCAUCGUUUGGUUGCGCUGACCUAGGAAUGUUGGUCAUAUCAAACAUUAAAUUUAAAAAUGACCACUCUUAAUUAAAAUUAACUUUUAAAUGUUUAUAGGAGUAUGUGCUGUGAAGUGAUCUGAAAUUUGUAAUAUUUUUGUCAUGAACUGUACUGCUCCUAAUUAUUGUAAUGUAAUAAAAAUAGUUAUGGUGACUAUCA